ACGCAGAUAAAAAAAAAGACAUGGCACCCAAAAUUUUAACCACAUUAUUCAAAAGGAAGCGGAAAGAGAAUGAUCCGUACUUCCGGCCGAAAUGCGGUUCGCCAAAUGCAAUUGGAAUUUCUGAUUCCACCUGCGAAGUCAACGGCGACCCCUUCAAUGGAUGGAAGCUACCGAUUCCACCACCAGAACAACGCGCUCUCAAACUUGGCGCCCGACAAUGCAACCGUCAACAAGCAAGUCGCUUCUUCCAGCUCCCAAUUGAAGUCAGGACACUGAUCUACAUCGAGCUAAUGGGUAAUCGGUCCGUACAUAUCGAGCAUGCAUGGAUGUUGCCAUCUCCAUUUCGUCCGAAACCAAAGCGGGAGGGGGAGCGGUGGGACUGGUGGCAUGGUGUUUGCCAGAGGAGUGGACGUUUUGUUGAUGACCGGUGCUGGGACCGACGAGAUGAAAGGUAUGCAAACAGGUUCGAGGGGUUAAAGAGUGCGCCGGCUGGGACGAAACUUGGGGGCGUGGAGUGGUUGAGGUGUUGUCAGAUCGGAUAUGAAGAGGCAUUAACUGUCCUGUAUGGGACUAAUGUCUUUGUUCUACGGAUCGGCCUAGACACUCCGUUUAUCAUGUCUAGGCUUUUAUCGCCCGCCUGCUCCGCUCUCAUCACGUCUAUGGAUAUCUCGUUUGAUUUCUGGUACAAAUUAGACCAAAGGCCAGAGGCUGCGGCUUGGGCAACGGUCUACCCAGCCUUAUUUGAUCUGUUCGAGCACUACUUUUGCAACGUUCACAGCUUGCGCUUGACGAUGCAUAUGCCGGCCUGGGAGAAGGUGGGAGGAACCAUAAAUGAUGGCAAGAUAGACGAGAUUCUUGCACCGUUGGAGAGACUUGCACAGAGUCGAAACUGGACUCGCUUAAAGCUUUGUGUCCCGAUUGAUUGGCUCCCGUGUUUAACAGGUAGGGCGAAGAAGCAGAAUAGGUGGGAAUUGGCGAUGACUGAAUGGUACGAGCACAAGACUUUUGUCGAUUAGUUGUAAAAUGAUAGUCAAUAUCCCUGGCACGAUAUUCACGAUCAGUGAUGCCUUGAGGUGUUUAAUCUCCGAUAACACAACUAUAAAUUCACCGAAACAAUUGUAGUGUGAAUAAAUUGGC